AUAUUGGUUGCUGGCUGGAGUUUUCAUUACUGCCUUACAGACUCGGUUAACUUCAGUUUAUGUCUGAAGACGUGGCGUGCCGCAUUAAAGAUUUAAUACAAACUUGGGAUUACCACCUAUCUUUUUAAAAAAAUUGUGAUAUUUUUUUUAAGUGUAAUUUAUUAAUUAAAAUAGUUUUUAAUAUCAUAAAAAAUGGCAAAUAAUCGUGCUGCAAAAUCUGGAUUCGCUGCCGAAGCACAACGAAAAAUUAAUAGUAAAUACAGCGAUGAAUUGGCAGCCGAAUGUCUGGAAUGGAUAAAAAUAAUAACAGAUGAAAAUAUUAGCACAAGUGGUGACAUGGAUAAUUUCUAUGAAGUACUCAAAAAUGGUGUUAUCUUGUGUAAAUUAGUGAAUGUAAUGCAACCAGGAUCCGUAAAAAAAAUAAACGAAAGCACAAUGGCAUUUAAAUGUAUGGAGAAUAUAAAUAAAUUUUUAGAAGUUGCUAAAGCGAUGGGUGUACCAGAUCAAGAAACAUUCCAAACGGUAGAUUUAUGGGAACGACAAAAUUUAAAUUCGGUUGUAAUUUGUCUACAAUCAUUAGGUAGAAAAGCUGGUAAAUAUGGAAAACCAAAUAUUGGACCAAAAGAAGCCGAAAAGAACGAACGCCAUUUCACCGAAGAACAAUUACGUGCCGGUCAAGGUGUAAUUGGUCUACAAAUGGGUAGCAACAAAGGGGCUACGCAAUCUGGUAUUAAUUUCGGCAACACUAGACACAUGUAAAUUUACAAAAAAAAAAAAAAAAAAACCACACACAAAAAAUUGACGAAUUACUACAAAAAAUCUUCAAUUACAUUUACAAGAGUAUACAAAAAUUAAAAUAAAUGGCCUAGCCAA